AUGGCAAAGAACAAUAAGGUUACCGAGACUAAGAUCUCCAAAAAGAGAACAGCUAGUGAGGAAUCUGACGUUGAGCAAGAUGAGGACAACCUCUUAUCCGUUGACGGUUUGAUUGAUGCAGAGGCAAGCGAGAGUGACGAAGACGACGAAGAGUAUGAGUCUGCAGUUGAAGAGAAGGAAUCGUCUUUUGAUGAAGAAGCAAGAGGAGAUCCCGAUGAGGACUCAGACGCUGAAUUAAACAAAUUGCUCGCGGAAGAAGAAGGCGAGGAAGAAGAGGACUAUAACAGUUCUGAAUUUUCCGACGACACAAAUUCCUUAACUGAUAAACUGUCAGGCGUAAAACUACAUACCAUCGCCGACCCAAAUAUCUACUCAAAAUAUGCAGAUGGUAGAGAUAGAGUUAUCAGACCAGAAAUUAACCCAGUUUAUGACAGCGAUGACAGUGACGCUGAAAUUCAGAAUACUAUCGGUAACAUUCCACUCUCUGCCUACGAUGAAAUGCCACACAUUGGGUACGAUAUCAAUGGUAAAAGAAUUAUGAGACCUGCCAAAGGUUCUGCUUUAGAUCAAUUGUUAGAGUCUAUCGAAUUACCUGAAGGUUGGACUGGGUUGCUGGAUAAGAAUUCCGGUUCCAGUUUGAACUUAACCAAGGAAGAGCUAGAACUUAUUUCUAAAAUCCAAAGAAAUGAACAGACUGACGAAAGUAUAAAUCCAUAUGAACCUCUAAUCGAUUGGUUUACAAGACACGAAGAAGUUAUGCCGUUAACUGCCGUUCCGGAACCUAAGAGAAGAUUCGUUCCAUCCAAGAAUGAGGCCAAGAGAGUUAUGAAGAUAGUUAGAGCUAUCAGGGAAGGCCGUAUCAUUCCUCCAAAGAAACUAAAGGAAAUGAAAGAGAAAGAAAAGACCGAAAACUACCAGUACGAUUUGUGGGGUGACUCUACUGAAACCAAUGAUCAUGUGAUGCAUCUAAGAGCCCCAAAAUUGUCUCCACCAACUAAUGAAGAAAGUUAUAAUCCACCUGAAGAGUAUCUUUUGUCACCUGAAGAGAAAGGGGCUUGGGAGAACAGUGAAUACAGUGAAAGAGAAAGAAACUUCCUACCUCAAAAGUAUUCUGCCUUGAGAAAGGUUCCUGGUUACGGGGAGUCAAUUAGAGAAAGAUUUGAAAGAUCUUUGGAUUUGUAUUUAGCUCCUCGUGUCCGGAAGAACAAAUUGAAUAUUGACCCAGAAUCUUUAAUCCCAGAACUUCCUUCUCCAAAGGAUUUGAGACCUUUCCCUAUCCGUUGCUCAACAGUAUACAUUGGUCACAAGGGAAAAGUACGUACCUUAUCCAUUGAUCCAUCCGGCUUAUGGCUAGCAACGGGUUCUGAUGAUGGAACUGUCAGAGUAUGGGAAAUUUUAACCGGAAGGGAAGUUUAUAAGACGAUUUUGGUCGAAAGUGAAGAAAACCCGGAUGACCAUAUUGAGUGUAUUGAGUGGAGUCCUGAUGCUGAUACAGGCAUUCUUGCUGUUGCUGUCGGUGAAAGUAUUCAUUUAAUAGUACCACCAAUAUUUGGUUACGAUAUUGAAAAUAACGGCAAAACCAAAAUUGAAGAUGGUUUCGGUUACGACACUUUUGGCACUGUUAAAAAGUCUAAUCUGGAAGUGAACGAGGAUGGUGGUGAUGAAGAAGGUGAAAAAGAAACCGCAAAAGAUGCUGUAAAAAAACAGGUAGCACAAUGGAAUAAACCCACUCAAAAGCAGCUAGAGAAAGAUAUUUGUAUUACCAUCACCUGUAAAAAAACUGUCAAAAAACUUUCAUGGCAUAGAAAAGGUGAUUAUUUUGUCACUGUUCAACCUGACUCUGGUAACACAUCCGUUUUGAUUCAUCAGGUUUCCAAGCACUCAACCCAAUCCCCAUUCAGGAAAUCGAAGGGAAUUAUCAUGGAUGCCAAGUUCCACCCUUUCAAACCUCAAUUGUUUGUCUGUUCUCAAAGAUACGUCAGAAUUUACGAUUUAUCUCAGCAAAUACUGGUCAAAAAAUUAUUGCCUGGUGCUCGUUGGCUAUCUAAAAUUGAUAUUCACCCAAGAGGUGAUAAUUUAAUUGCGUCAUCUUUCGACAAAAGGGUGUUAUGGCAUGACCUAGAUUUGGCUAGUACACCAUAUAAAACACUAAGAUAUCACGACAAGGCUGUCAGAAGUGUGAACUUCCACAAAAAGUUACCUCUAUUCAGCUCCGCCGCUGAUGAUGGUACCAUACAUAUUUUCCAUGCCACUGUUUAUGAUGACAUGAUGAAAAAUCCAAUGAUUGUUCCGUUGAAAAAAUUAACUGGCCAUAAAAUAAUCAAUAGUCUUGGUGUUCUUGAUGCUGUCUGGCACCCAAGAGAGGCUUGGUUGUUCUCUGCCGGUGCUGAUAAUACAGCUCGUUUGUGGACCACUUAA